CUUAGUGAAAUGAUGUUUCUCUGUAAAGCCAACUUAACUAAGGCACACGCUCAUUUCCAGUUUAACAGAACUGUUCAGUAGAUGAUUGGAAUGCUGCUUAAGUCACUGAAAUACAAAAGCUGUCUGUUUAAAUUGGGGAUAUUAACUUAAUUCAAUGUAUAGACAUACAAUCCCCUGUGAAGUUUAAACACACAGAAACAAUGAAUUUGUAUGUAACUGGAAUGCUGGAAUAAGUCUGCAAGAAAACGUGCAAAGCUGCCUGUUAAUAUAUCUAUUACUGUGCCUCCUAGAGAACAGCACUUGGUAACAAACAGCUUGGGAGCUGUUUGGGUGCUUGUGCGUCGUUCUCUAUGUGAUAAGAUUCUUUCCUGUGCAUAACAUCCUGAGAAGUCUCUAGCUGUAAAAUGCAACUUACCCACAGCAAGUUGAUUCUUAAGGAAUUCCAUGUGGGAAUUAAGGUGGCUCUCUGUGCAGGAUGGAGACUCAACUAAGCUCAUUCCACCACUGCUCAGCACCUGACUCCCAUGGGACUGCUCUGCUUUAUGUAAUAGCAUGUAUAGGUGUGCCUGAGAAACAACAGCAAUGAUACAAAGGAACAGGUAUGCCACCCAAAACAUGUUUUUAAGGGGAAAAUAGCAACUGUUGCAUUUUAGAUAACUUUGUUUCUGUCAAAAUCCCAGGUCAGACAAAAGCCUCUCAGGCAGCUGCACAUGUUCCUUGUUGCAGCCAGACUGCUUUGUGAUCCGCAGCUGCCUUGACAGUCACACUGAAAUGUUCAGUGUUUUGCUCUCAAGCCAAUUUGCCAGGGGUCCAAUUUGAUUAAGCAUUCCCAACUUUGCCAUGGGCUGGGAUCUGAAUAACUCAACUGAUUACUGGAUUGAGGAUGAGGAGGAGGAUGUCAACUCGGUUAUAGAUUACGAUACAUACGAGCUUCUCUGUGAAAAAAGUGAUGUGAGAAACUUCAGUAAAGUAUUCCUCCCCGUGUUCUAUGCAGUGGCUUUCACUCUUGGAGUUGCUGGAAAUUCAUUAGUGGUUGCAAUUUAUGCCUAUUGCAAGAAACCGAAGACUAAGACAGAUGUGUACAUCAUGCAUCUAGCCAUUGCGGAUCUGCUCUUGCUCUUUACGCUCCCCUUCUGGGCUGCAAAUGCAGUGCAGGGAUGGGAACUUGGAAACGCAAUGUGCAAGCUCGCUUCUUCUCUGUACACCAUGAAUUUCAGCUCUAGCAUGCUGUUCCUGGCCUGUAUCAGUGUGGAUAGAUACAAGGCCACUUAUGAAUCCAGGGGUCACAGAAGAAUUGGUCAUCACUGCAGUGUUACCUGCAUCUGUGUCUGGCUGACUGCCAUUUUCCUCAGUAUCCCUGAACUGGUAUUUAAUCAAGUCAAGAAACACAAUGACAGGAACGAAUGCUUUCCAGUAUUUCCAAUGAACAUGGAAACGCUCUUAAAAGCAACCAUUCAAAUCCUGGAAAUUAUCCUGGAAUUUCUGCUUCCUUUCCUAGUAAUGCUGAUCUGCUAUUCAGCUACUGCUCGAGCAAUCUUUAGAUCUGCAAGUGCUAAAAAGUCUCGACCUUUCAUGGUCCUGCUGGCAGUAGUGACUACUUUCAUUAUUACCCAGCUACCUUACAACAUUGUCAAGUUCUGGCGGGCCACAGAUAUCAUCUACAUGUUGAUCACUGACUGUGAGACAAGUAAAAGCAUAGACGUUGCACUCCAGGUCACCAAGAGCAUAGCUUUAUUCCACACUUGCCUGAAUCCUCUUCUCUAUGUCUUUCUGGGAGCCUCUUUUAAAAUGCACAUUAUGAAGAUUGCAAAAAAUUAUGGGUACUGGAGAAGACAGCAACAGAAUGGAAGACCUGAAGAGAUUUCUAUGAAUUAUGAAGACCAUACUGAAGAAACAACUAGUUUCACUAUAUAGAUUCUCCACUGCUUUCAUUAUCAUCUUAUGUAACCAAAGGAAUUAUUUACUAGUGUUGAUUAUAACAACUACUAAUACUGUUAUACAAAGGUAUUGUUUCAGCAGCUGUUUCUCUGCAAGUCAACUUUCAGGUGACUUUCUGAACCUGCAGACCAGCCAAGUCACUACAGAGCAGUUCAAAGGGGAACAGCUCCAUCAAAAUGAAGCAUCAGGCAAGAACUAAAUACUGAAAUUGCUAGAAACAAGUGGAAAUACAAGCUAGAGAAUGACCAACGUGCACAUCUCUAAACAUCUAAUUAAAACAGGAACUAUCAGCAAUAAAGCAGCAGUACAGGACCAUUUGUACCAGAAGUUCAUAAUCUUGUGUUUUCCCAGCUCUUUUGUAAAAUAGAUGGAACAUUUGCCUAAUAAAUCAGUUCCAUUUCUUUCCUCAGCUAUCAUUCCAUAGAUAGCCUUGCGGAUUGAAUUGAGGUCUAAGUUCAUGGCUGAGAACUGGGAAAGGGAGACAUUCUCUAUGUGUUUCUAGAUAUGUAUAGUCACAACAACAUCCUCCACAAAAACCAGUUAACUACCAAAAGUAACCUUUCACGUCUCUUGUUUUGCUCACUCUAAACAUCCACAAGGCCAGUGCCCUAUGGGAGGCAUGUUCUAGAUCUCUGUAAAUGCCAAAGCAGUGCAGUCCAAGCAUUAGCACAAAUGUAAGAAAAAAUUAAGUUAAUCUUCAGAUACAGGGCCUGGAAUUUCUAGUCAGACUUUGUAAAAUGAAUCAAACACUACCAUAACUGUAUCUACUAAAACAGAUGGAGAUACAAUAAAAUCAAAGAAUCCAGAA